ACCCAGACCUCAGAAGGAGGAUACAGCCAGUCAGAGACGGAGAGCGAUGGGGAAGCGAGAACGUAUUGGAUGAGAAAUUUUUGUUACAAAAAAACACCAACCAGAGGAGGUGCCUCACCUAUUUCCAAAUAUAAUGAAAUACAGAGUGGAGGAAGCAUAAACUGCGAGAAACCAUCAUCCAAAGUGCUAUUAAAGCUCCGGGCUGGAAGGGUGUAAUACCUGUAUCCUUUCAUCAGUGAGAGCCAGUGAAAUCUGGAGGGUUCCCUCUGGAUGCUUAAAAACUCUGCAAUUCUCCUCUUCCCUAGGCAGAGGAGCAACAGAAGGAACUGCUACAUUUGAACUAUCAAAGGCUGUAAGGAGGAUGGGAGCCCGAAACUGAGAGUCACAGAGGAAGACAGGCAGAGAGAGAUUCUGUCACAUCAUCGAUCUUCUCAUAGAUCCGAAAUGAUCUCCCACUUCCAUCCAUCACGACUCCUCGUUCUCUUUCAAAAGUCAGCUCGACCCUGGCAGCUCUAAGAAAACUGGUUCUGACCCUCCAUAGGCAAAGCAGCUUAUGAGGCCUACUUAAUUCUGCCAGAACGUGAGUUUCCACAGAGCGAUUUGGAUAGAACUUGGUGGAAGAACUCGGGAACGUUCUGCCGACGACACGCUCCACCCAGAUACAGCGUGACACGCUGUCCGAAGAAGAGGUGUGCCUGUGGCGUCAGAGGGUGUCAUACUUGGCUCUAUUCACAACUCUUCAUUAUCAACUACUGACUGAAACCAUAUAAGGAAUACUGUACAGAAACCAAUUUGAUUUGAGGAGCGGUCUCUGAAUUGAAGUGAUAAUUCAGGCUGAACCUUAAUGAAGGAACUUCAGAGCUGCUAACAGUCACUCAAGACACAACUUGGGAAGACUCUAGUAGCCAAGGAUGGGGUCGUCAUGGAAACUGAUUCUGUUUCUGUCAGUCACGGGGUGCCUUUCAGAUGGCAGUUUUCUAGAUUCAUGGUAUCUGCUUCCAGAAUCACAGAUUUCUAAACCAGCAAGACUCCCUUUUGAGAGUGUUGAUUAUGGACCGGUGUUUGUUCAGGAACCUGACGAUGUUGUUUUUCCUGCUGAUUCAGACGAGAAGAAAGUGGCUCUUGAUUGUGAAGCUCGAGGCAACCCUGCUCCAAUUUACAGAUGGCUCCAAAAUGGAACAGAAAUAGAUUUGGAAAGUGAUUACCGCUACAGCCUGAUAGAAGGAAAUUUCAUUAUCAGCAGUCCAAGCGAAGCAAAGGAUUCCGGGUAUUAUCAGUGCUUAGCAUCCAACACUUUUGGAAGCAUUCUGAGCAGGGAAGCCAUCCUCCAGUUUGCUUAUCUGAGAAAUUUUAGUGGCCGAACAAGAAGUGCAGUCUCGGUGAGGGAAGGCCAAGGAGUUGUUCUGAUAUGCUCCCCUCCACCUCAUUCUCCAGAGAUCUCCUACAGUUGGGUGUUUAAUGAGUUCCCCUCCUUUGUGGUUGAAGAUAGUCGGCGCUUCAUCUCCCAGGAUACAGGCAAUCUCUACAUCUCCAAGGUGCAGGCAGCAGACGUCGGCAGCUACAUUUGCCUCGUAAAAAACACGGUGACGAAUGCCCGGGUUUUGAGCCCCCCAACUCCCCUCACACUACGCAAUGAUGGUGUGAUGGGAGAGUAUGAGCCGAAAAUUGAGGUGCAUUUUCCCUUCAUGGUUACAGCUGCUAAAGGAACUACAGUUAAGAUGGAGUGCUUUGCACUUGGCAACCCGGUUCCAACAAUCUCGUGGGUGAAAGUUAAUGGCUAUAUUCCUAGCAAAGCACGACUGAGAAAGGCCCAGGGUGUGUUGGAGAUACCGAAUGUGCAAUUGGAUGAUGCAGGAAUGUAUGAAUGCAGAGCUGAAAACUCUCGAGGAAGAAACUCCUUCCGCGGACAACUGCAAGUAUUCACCUAUCCCCACUGGGUAGAGAAACUUAAUGAUACGCAUUUAGACAGUGGCAGCCCUCUACGAUGGGAAUGCAAAGCCAUUGGAAAGCCAAGACCCACGAUUCGUUGGUUGAAGAAUGGACUUCCCCUCUGGCCACAGAGUGGAAUUGAGAUGGCUAAUGGUGUUUUGAUGAUCCAUAAUGUGAAUCAGUCAGAUGCUGGGAUGUACCAGUGCUUGGCAGAAAAUAAAUAUGGAACCAUUUAUGCUAAUGCUGAACUCAAGAUUUUAGCCUCUGCACCCACGUUUGCAUUAAAUCAACUGAAGCAAACAAUAGUUAUUACCAAAGGCCAAGAAGUCAUCAUAGAAUGCAAGCCCCAGGCCUCUCCAAAGCCAACUAUCUCUUGGAAGAAAGGAGACAAAGCAGUCAGAGAGAGCAAAAGAACCGCUGUUCUUCCCGAUGGAAGUCUUCGGAUCCUAAAUGCUUCAAAAUCAGAUGAGGGAAAGUAUAUUUGUCAAGGUGAAAAUGUUUUUGGUUCAGCUGAAUUCGUAGCUUCGGUAUUUGUAAAAGAGCCGACAAGAAUAGAACUGGCUCCUAAGAGAACUGAGCUAACAGUGGGAGAAAGCAUCGUCCUCAGUUGCAAAGCAUUCCACGACCCCAGUUUGGAUGUAACUUUCUACUGGACACUAAAAGGACAGCCUAUUGAUUUUGAGAAAGAUGGUGGACAUUUUGAAAGCAUCCGAGCUCAAGCAUCCUCUGCAGAUUUAAUGAUCAGGAACAUCCUUCUGAUACAUGCUGGGAGAUAUGGCUGCAGGGUACAGACCACAGCAGACAGUGUGUCAGAUGAGGCAGAACUUCUUGUUAGGGGUCCUCCAGGGUCGCCAGGAAUAGUAAUAGUUGAGGAGAUCACUGAAAACACAGCCACUUUGUCUUGGAGCCCUGGGGCUGACAACCACAGUCCAAUUACGGCUUACAACUUACAAGCACGGAGCCCCUUUUCACUUGGCUGGCAGACGGUAAAAACAGUACCAGAUGUCAUCACCGGAGAUAUGGAAUCUGCCAUGGCGGUGGAUCUGAAUCCUUGGGUGGAGUAUGAAUUUCGGGUGGUGGCCACCAAUCCAAUCGGCACUGGAGACCCAAGCGCCCCAUCCCGGAUGAUCCGAACCAAUGAAGCAGUUCCUAAAACAGCUCCUGCUAAUGUAAGUGGUAGAAGUGGAAGACGGCAUGAACUAGUAAUUGCCUGGGAGCCAGUAUCAGAAGAGUUUCAGAAUGGAGAAGGAUUUGGCUACAUUGUGGCAUUCAGACCCAAUGGAACACGUGGUUGGAAAGAAAAAAUGGUCACUUCUUCAGAUGCAUCAAAGUUCAUUUAUAGGGAUGAGAGUGUCCCGCCACUUACUCCCUUUGAAGUGAAAGUUGGUGUAUAUAAUAACAAAGGAGAUGGACCCUUCAGUCAUAUCGUGGUCAUCUGUUCAGCUGAAGGAGAACCCAGCAGUGCUCCUACAGAUGUCAAAGCUACAAGUGUGUCUGUUUCAGAGAUUCUUGUUUCAUGGAAACAUAUUAAAGAGAGUCUUGGAAGACCCCAAGGAUUUGAGGUUGGUUACUGGAGAGAUAUGGAUCAAGAAGAAUCAGCAGAAACAGUCAAAACAGGAGGAAAUGAGUCGUCCAUCCUCCUGACACAAUUAGAAGGAAAUACAUUGUACCACUUGACAGUGAGGGCAUUCAAUGGAGCAGGAUAUGGUCCCCCCAGCACUGAAAUACAGGCAGCCACCAAGAAAUCCCCUCCUAGCCAAGCCCCCCAAAACAUCAUGUGGGAGCAACAAGGCUCUCAGGUCUCUCUAGGUUGGGAGCCCGUCAGACCAUUAGCAAAUGAAUCAGAAGUAAUGGGUUAUAAGGUUUCUUUUAGACAUGAAGGCCAAAGCAACAGCGAAGUCAUUGAAACACAGAAAAACCAGGCAGUGGUCCUCCUUCCCGAUGUUGGAGUCUAUAUCAUUGAGGUUCGAGCGUUCAGCGAAGGAGGGGAUGGAACUUCCAGCUCCCAAAUCAGAGUGCCAUCUUAUUCUGGUGGGAAAAUCACAAGUGCUCAAUCCACCCUACAUACUUUCUCCACUUCUUCUUCAUCUGUCACACUGCUUUUGGCGUUGAUAGUCCCUUCAACCUCCUGGUGAAGAUCGCCAACUUUGUCUUUUUUUUGUUUCGCUUUAGCUUGAUAACAUCUGUGGAUGGAGCUUUAUGUAAGUGAGAGAGCUGGAACCCUGAGCUAAGCUUAAAAACCCUAGAAAUACACACAGUGCACUUAGGAGUGUUGGAAAAUUGUUAAUUAUUCAUCAGGUUUUCUCUUCAGUUUUUGUAAGUGUUCUCGCACGGGAAGGACAGUUCUUGGCCCAAGUUGAAUAUGCAGAUUGUAUGUAAUGAACUUUUGUAAGCAAAAGUAAUUUCUGUCCAAUUGUACUCUUUCCUUUUUUAAUACAGUACGUUACAAUUUGGUUUUGUAUCUGAUGACCCUGAGUAUGUGCCAUUAGUUUGUUAAAGCAGUGGUGUCAAGUGCAUCUGUUCAGGAAAAAACAAAAAGUAGUAGAGCAAAAGAUCUGUUAAAUGCUUGCAUCUAGUGAUUUUAUUUUCCCUAAGGCUGGCUGUUCCAAUUGACAAACCAGUGGGAGAGGAGAAAAAUUGUUCAGUUACGUUGCCCAUUACAGGAGAAGUACAGGAACUAUUUUCUGGAAAAACAUAUGACUGCAUAUUGAAGUAGCAAAAUUUGUCAAUCUACCAUUCUGUGAACAUUCCCAGAAAAAGUUAUUAGAGAAGAGUAAGCCAUUUAUGUUCAUGCAAGGCAAACUGAAAGUGACUUUAAAAUGAACCCAAAAGAAAAAGUGCUAUUGUUUUUUCAAGUACUAGUGCUAUUUAGCUGGAAAUAAAGUAAAUGUUUAUUUUAAUAGCAAAAAAGAGUUUAUAUUCACAAAAAAUGCUAUCAAAAUAGCUUUCGUGAUAUUGCAAUGUCCAGAAGCUAACCAAAAACAAAAUGAAACCAAGGCAAAGUUUGUGGUGUUUCCACAUUUCAUUGCUAAUCCUGAAGAUGACUUUUAGCCCUCUUUCCUCACAAUUUGCAGAGAUUUGCCUUUACCUGGCAAUAAAAUUUGCCACAUAUAUAUGCAUAUAAUAUAUUUCAUAUUAGAAUGAGCACUCCAAUUUCAUUUGGAAUAUUUUGGACCAGAGCUGUUUUUGACAAGGCAUUUGGUCCAAUGCUAACAAAAAUGCAAAUUAAUAGAGCUUCUGAACUUACACUCUGUUAAAUCUGUGUUGCAAUGUGCGAGAGCACAGCUCCAGCCUUAAGCCCAUCUCAAUCUGGCAUAGAGGGGUGCCUCCAUUUUACAGCAUAAGGAGUUUUCUUCAUUAUAAAUUCACACUAAAAUAAACAUUUAUCAAAUAGUAAAGAACAGGGGCUUUUAUAGCAUUAUGCCGGGUCAGGGGCCAGAGUAAAUACUGAAAGACUUUAGGCCAGUAAUGAGUCUAAUUCUCCUCCCUGCGAAUAAGCUGGGCCCUUUCAAAGGGACAUUAACUCUUUCGGGCUGCCGUGGAAUCGUACCUUAAUAAUAGCAGGAGUAAUUGUAGGUCCCAGAAGAAUUGGGCUCAUUCUUUGUAGAAAGAAGACCGAUUGGCCUCGGGAUAGGGAUUUUGAGUCGAUAUAUCAGGUUGGUUAGGCAAUGACUAAAUUUUUAACAACUGAUUGGGACGUUUUCUGCUUCAGCAGAAAAAUCAGUAUUCAUUGUUUUCUGUACAUAUUCAAAAAACACCGUGUCUCUGCGUCUUUAGAAGAACAUCAAAAAAAAUGCAAGGGGCUGGAUCCAACCGGCAGCAUUUGAAAAGGGAUCAAGAGAAGACUAAGCGUUUUGGGGGGUUUUUUGGUCUCUCAAAACUGGUUUCAAAAAAGCUACCGAUGACAUGUUUUAUCGUUGAUCUUUCUAAGUUAGUCAGGGUAUUCAAUGAGUGCUUUACUCUGUGCCAAGCACUGGGGUAGAUUCAAGCUGAUCACCUCGGCCACACUCCCCAUACCACAAGAUGCUUAUCACCUAAGAGGGAGGGAGUUUGGAUAUCUUAUCCCCAUUUUAUAGCUGAGGAACCUGAAGCACAGAGAAAUCAAGUGACUUACCCUAACCAGAUGUCACAGCUGAGACUUCUGUCCAUAUCUCAAGCCUCCCUAUACCAUGUUCUUUUCAUUAUGAUAUAAGUCACACCACCUUUUCUCGGCAAUAGUUAUCAUCAUAAUACUGAAGGUGACUUGCCCACAGUUACGCAGCAGGCCAGAAGCUGGGCUGAGAAAGGGCUCCUCUCUCCUGACUUCUCCUUGUAAUAGUUUUUUUCCACUAGGCCACCCUGCCUCCCAGCUGACCUCAAAGAUGAUUUUCCAGCCCAUCCCAAAAUUAAACAAGCAAUAAUUUCAAGGAACAUUUUUCCAUACGUUAUGGUGGAGUCAAGCCAGAUAGUGGCCUUGGCUUUGAGCCUCUUUGGGAUAAAAUAUCUGUGGGAGUUUCCUGAACUACUCCACAUUACUUGUUGUGGUCUAAGGGGACGGAAAAGUGCACUGCAAGGUAGCUUCAGUGCCAAUUGCCCAAUGGAAAAGUCAAAAAAUAAGGCUACUUUCUGCUUGCCAGGCAAAAAGGAAAUUUUCCAUUAUGAGAGGACUUGCACAACCAAAUUGUGAAUUUAAGGGAAACCACCAAAAAAAAAAAAUAUCUAUAAUGAUUAUACAGAGGGCACUCACUACACUAGUAUUAGCUGAACAUAAUUACCUUUAUUUUUCAUUGGUCAAUCAAAAGACUUCCCAAUCAACCUAAUUCAGUACAUGAUGGAUAUCAAAUUUUGUGAUAUUUCUGUCUAUCUGAGCUGAAUCAGAUAGAUACUAUCCAAAAAUGGAACACACAGCUUCUGAUUUUGUUGUAUUCUUAUAGGGAAAAGAAAUAGGGGUGUUUUUAUUCAACAUGAGCAGAUAUGUAUUUUGCAUCUAAAAGCCUAUGAAUAAAACAUGUUUUAAAUGUUUAUGUAUUUAUGUAUUACAUACUUGUUACUUUAUAGAAAACAAGACUAUUCCUUAUCACAGUCCAUUAUUUUUCAGCUGCAGUACGGAACUUGUUCCUAGAUGAGAUUGUAACAGUGCAGUCUUAGAUCCUAAAGAGACUGUAUUUUUGUAUACUGUCACAUGAGUUGUUGAGAAACUUUACUCAUCGUAAAUUGAAACUCUGUGCAAGUGAAUGUUUGCUGAACAAAAUGAAGGUACUGUACAGGCCCAUUGCAAACUGUUAGAUAUAUUGUAUACAAUCUGUAUAUAAAUAUACUAUAUAUAAUGGUAUAGAUUAUGUGGAAGGCACAGUCAAAUAAUAGUUCUGUGUACUGUUCUUGUAACAUUAUUAGGUCUUUUUAAUAAAUAAUUCUCUUUUUAUUGACUUUUA